ACGGCGGGAGCGGCCUCCAGCGCUCGCUCGCGCUUUGUGCUGCUGCAACCAUGGUGAGGAGACGGAAGGAGGGAGCAGCGCCCGGCCACACCGGCAGCAGCAGCGGCGGCGGCGAAGACGACGAGGAGGAGGAGCCGCACCGCCUCAGGUUCCCGCCCCUCGAGCCCUGCUGGUCUCCUCAGCCGCAAUGCAAAGCGCCGCCGCUCUCCUCGCAGCGGGGUUCAGGCCGCGCUGCCACAAAAGACUCUGGAAUGCCUCGCUCCCUCCGAGAGCCGCGCUGCUUCUUCUCCCUCUUCCUCGCCUUGUUGUGGUGUUUUGUUUUCUUCGCGCGCUGCCUGGUAGUAGCCCGCUAUGGGCAGCCUUGCAGGCGCGAACUUCGCGGGAGGAGGGGGGGAACGCAACCGCUCUCGCUUGGGGAAGUUUUCGGCAAUAAGAAGCUGCUUUCCAGCUUCAUUCCGCGGACUGGCAAUGCUCCGCUUCACCCGCCACUAGCACGCGCUGGAAGAGGCGGACCCUUGCGAAUGGGUUUCUGAAGAGGUUCUCUAGUUUCUGGCAUCAGCGGGAGCCACGUGAGAGCCGCUUUGUAGCCUGCGAUAACCCCACUCCGUUGAGAUAUGUUGCAAAGGUGUUGAGAGUGGUCUACUGGUCGAAGAGGGGAGGUGUUAGUGCCAGUGUCAGUGUCAGAAUGCCAACAAUAAUGAAGCAGGAGGAAACCUGCGGGAUGAGGGCCACCCACAUGGUUCCUGGAUCGACGAAUGUUUCGCCACCCUGCAUCAACGUUCAGGGGCAGCAUCCUCCCACCUCUUUUAGCUGCACAACCACACUGGGAGGCAAUGCUGAGAGAGAGGGAUUGGCACAGGGCCGUCCUCUGACUUCUUCACCCAGUGAGCUGCUUCAGUGAGUGGUUCUGAACCUAGGACCUAAUCCAGCAGUCUAAAAUCCUAUACUGGCUCUCUCAAGUGUUCACACAGUGGCAGAGAAAAAACACCAGCAGUGAGGCCUGCAAAUGGGACUUAUUGUGCUUCUUGCAGGAUUUGCCACACGCCUCUCUAAAUUCGCGUGAAGAAUUUCUGCACCAGCACUGGAUACUUUGAGGCAAGGGUCACCUGUAUGGUGCCUCUGAGUGCACAUGCCUUUCCUGGUUCACCUAGGGUCCCAUCCCACAUGAAAGAAAUGAUCUACUGUAGCCGGUUAAAGAGUUGUGCUCUUGGUUAUGGUGUGUGUUCUGUGACCAUGGCAGUUUCUCCAGUUUGUGCAAAGAGGUUGGCGAGCUAUGGGAAAUCGGCUGCUGGCAUGAACAUUGGCUAUGUCUUUAGUUGAACUGGUUGAACUAGAUCUUACAGCCAGGUAAUGGGGAGUUCCCAUGUGAAAACAGUCUCAGGAAUAUAUGAUAUGUUUACAAACAAUGAGCUGGAAGGAACCUUGGAGGUCCAACUCUGUGUCCAACUCUUUGCUCAAUGCAAGGUCUGCCAUGCAAGAUGCAAUUAUGGUAUAACAUCCCUGACCAAUGGUCAUGCAGUCUUUACUUAAAUACCAACAGCAAGAGAGAGCCCACCACCUCUGGACAGUGGAAUAGCACACUUGCCAUUGGGAAGCUUCCCCUGUUGCCCUGCAAUUUCCACUGUUACGUCUCACGAUGCCCAAUAGUGCAAGAGAGAGCAAAGUCUGCUCCAUGUUCUGCAUAAUAGUGCUUCAGAUAUUUGAAGACUACUGUGUCCUUAAUCUUCUCCAGGAUAAACAUACUCAGCUCUUUCAACUUUGUCACAGGACUUUGUUUUUAGACCCAUGCUGGUCACUCACACAUAGCCUUCUUAAAAUGUGACCAGAACUGAGCACUUGACUUCAGAUGUGGUAUGACCAGCACACGAUAGAGAAGAAAUACUAUUCCCCAUGAUUGGAGCACUGCUUUUGAUUGUGCAGUCUACUCUUUAUUUAAUUCUUUUUUUAACUAGAGAGAAAGAAAGAGAGAAAAACACCUAUCACACUACUAGCUCAUGUCCAGCUUGUGAUCCACUAAGACACCUAGAUCCUUUUCACAUGGAUAGACCGACUAUCUAAAAUAAAAUGUAGGAGAUCGUUCUUCCUGUAUGAUGUCUGCAUGCAUGAUUUUCCUCAUGCCUCCCUAAUUCUAUAGUGAUCCAUGACAUCAAGAGUCCAAAUGACCACCUCCUCCUGAGCUAACCAUUGUUCUUCAGACACUGAGAUGAAGCCUAUCCUUGGCUGCUUUUGUAUAGUUUAUACCACCAGAAACCUAGCUUAUAGCUUAUUAGCAUUUACCUCCUGAAACUUAGUUCUGCAAAUCCCUUUAUUAUGCCUCAACAUCUGUACAAGUUCCUAAAUGUGCAAAUAAGGCAUAUGCUCUCUUUUGUUUUGGCAAAACUAUUUUGGCUGCCCUACAUCAAUUGCACCACCUCAAUCAGCGAAGCUAGUAUGCAUUACCGUGCCCUUCCCUAACUUUCAAAGGAGGUUUUCUUUGUGGCAUCUAUGACUGGUGCUCUUUGAAAGCAAUUCCAAAGCCUUGUUGGAUAAACAGAUUGCUUAUAAACCUCUUGAUUAAAAAAAAAGAAAUCAUCCAAAUGGUGUACUGAUAAAAUUUUAGGUAAAAAUUGGCUUAAAUCCAUGAAAACAAAUAGUCACAAAACCAUAAUUAAAUCAAUAAAAAUUUAAAACAAAUAGCACUUACCUUUAUAGUGUGCUUUAGAGGUGUUCAGAGUGCUUCACAUUCAUUAUCCUGUAAUCCUUACAAAAGCUUUGUAAGAUAGGUUUAUAAAGUUUAUUACCUUUAUAUUGCAUAUGCAGGAGAAGGAAGUGCUAAGCCUAAGAAAGAGUGACUUGUUUCAAGUGAGUGCAUGGUAGAGGCAAAAUUCCAAGUAAGUAUUUCCUAGUUUGUCAAUCAUCUCUUAGUUGGCUAUCCUAUAUUAACUAUAAUCAUGCUACUCAUGCAGUUUUCUGAAUUGUUAUUGGCAUCUGUAUGUCUUGAAAGACAAUGGAAGAGUGUGUCAUAGGGGGUAAAGUCAAAUCACUGGAGAGUUACAGUGCCUGCUGUGGCUGUAGAGAGCAAUAUGGGAGAGACGUGCUUUAUUGCAACUGGGGUAGAUGAAGGUGUCUGGUUUUGCUGAUGCAGAUGCACCAUUGUUAUUUAGGCUUAUGACUAACAGCAGUAAAAGAUAACAAUAUUUUGCAUGUGAGGAGAUACAACAAAACCAAUAAUAAAACAACAGGCUCUGUGCACUAGCUAUGGGACCCAAAAUUUGCAGGGCAAAUAGUAUGUUGGGCCCAUAUUUUGAGGGAGGGAGGGAGGGAGAGAGUAUGUCAUUCUCUUGGCAUAGCUACGUUUCUCACUUCCCCCCCUAAGUUCGCCCACAGCUGACAAAUGUCCUUGCAGGAGAGCAAAAGCAAAUUUAUAAUACAAUUUAACACCUCAUUUUGUAUUAUGUAAUGGAUUUUGCUUGUAUUAAAUUGCUUAAACACUUACAUUUGUGCUUGCCAUAGCACUGCACAUUACCAUAGAUGCUUAAAUAGUAAUUACAUUUGUUUCAGCAACACUUCUAAGCAAGGUGCAAGUCUGUUAACUGCACUUGCUUCCCAUAAACAAUUUGUACUUUUUAUGCCCUGGCCUGUUACAGAAACAGUCUGUAAUGUUAAGGAAGCGCAUAACAAUCACUUGAUGAUAGUCUAGCACUAGUGCAAGUUAAUAUGUAAUAAUAAGUAAAAUAUAUGUAGGAAAUAUGGUUUUGAAAAGAUGGUCCUUAAUUGGCCGGCUCAGUUUCUCCAUACAAAAUCUUUAUCCCAUUGCAUACAUAGAAAAAUAAAGUUUAGUAUGAUAUCCAAGUCCAAAGUUUACAAAACCUCUGGCUUCCAAGGCCACUGCAAAAAAAAAUUCUGUGCAUGAGGGCAAGGCGGCGAGGGUUUGCUGUAAGAGAUCACAGCUGCCUAAUCCACCAGUGCUACCAAGUGCAAGCUAGGAGUGAGUGGGUAGGGGAAACACAGCACAGGCGUGGAAAGCAGAUGGUCUCAAGUAAAUCCCAGCUCUCUUAUCAAAGGCUCACCCCAGGCCUUUGCCUCAGAAUCACCUUCUAAUAUGGCCAUCCCUCUCCUCCAUGCAGCCUCUCCACUAUAUUAUAUAUUUAAUGCCUCUUCUACUUCUUUCUUCUGUUAAUAUAUGUCUGGUCUGAACUGAACUGAGAGUCACAGGUUUCAAGCUCCAACUUUAGGGCUUUAAAAGUAAGCACCAGCACUUUGAAUCAGGCUUGGAAGUGAAUGAGGAAUCAGCCAAGCUCUUUUAAAACUGGUAAGCUGUGGUCCGAAGCAAUUUUACCAGUUAAAAAUACAGGGAGCAAUAUUCUUAACUGGAGCUUCUGAGCCAUCUUCAAAGGCAGCCCCACAUAAAGUACAUCAUAAUCUAACCAAGAGGUUAUUGGGGUGUAGAUUACUCUGGAUAGAGUACAGUAUAUCUUCAUUCUAUUCAUUGAGAGGGGGUUUUCUUGUUCACUGCUUCCUGUUGCUUUCCUGACUUCGACAUAUUUAAUGCAUGAGCAGCUGAAAUGUUUUUUCUGAGUAAGAUUGUGGAGCAACAAGAUGAUCAAGAGAGGCAGCAAAUACAAGUACCUUGGCCAUGGAGAAGAGCAGACCUGGGGCCAGUGAUCAGCCAAGACAGGCACUGGUGCACAGUCCCAGAGGCUCAGAAGGGCCCUUCACUAGCCUGGCUUGGCAGUUCCACCACUUCCUCCUCACCAGGCCCCUAGUGACUGGGUUUCAUUCGUUUUUUCUUUUUCUUCAGCAGUCUUAUGAAAUGUCCUGGGAAGAAGAUGGGAAACAAAGGCCAGAACCAUCUUGGCAGGCGGGCUGAAGAGAGAAUGGGAGAGAUGCCUUGGGCUCCAGGGCUGUACUCCUGUGGGGAACAAGACCCUAUUGAGUUGACCAUGCUACUUUUGUAACAAUAUAAAGGCUGGGUGCAGCCUCUGUUUUCAUUAUGUUUCCAGUUCAUUGCAAUAAAACUAUGCAUUUGCAACACAAA